AUGGGCUCAGAAACCACUCCAAAGCUUCCACUAAUUAACUUCAAUAACCUAAAUUUAGAAACCAAAAGUUCCAAUUGGGAGUUAGUGAAGUCUCAAGUUUACAAAGCACUAGUAGAAUACGGUUGUUUUGAAGCAAUUUUUGAUAAAGUUUCUUUAGAGCUUCGUGAAGCCAUAUUUGAUUCACUAGAAGAGCUUUUUGAACUUCCUUUACAAACCAAGCUACUCAAUGUGUCUAAGAAGCCUUAUCAUGGUUAUGUUGGCCAAUAUCCUAUGGUUCCACUUUAUGAAAGCAUGGGCAUUGAUGAUGCAAAUGUCUUUGAGAAAGUCAAGAGCAUGACCAACAUCUUGUGGCCACAUGGAAACCAAAGUUUUAGCAAAACUAUACAUUCCUUCUCCGAUGAGUUAACGACGUUGGAUCAGAUUGUAAGGAAGAUGAUUUUGGAAAGUUUGAAUGCUGAAAAGUACUUGGAGGAACACAUGAACUCAACCAAUUACCUUCUUAGGGUUAUGAAGUACAAAGGACCUCAAACAAGUGACACAAAACUAGGCCUUAGCACACACAGUGACAAGAAUGUUGUGACCAUAUUGUACCAAAACCAAGUGGAGGGUUUAGAGAUUAUGACCAAAGAUGGAAAAUGGUUAAGCUACAAGCCUUCUUCUUCAAGUAGUUUUGUAGUUAUGAUUGGUGAUUCUCUCCAUGCGUGGUCAAACGGAAGACUUCAUUCUCCGUUGCACAGGGUGAUGAUGAACGGGAAUGAGGCCCGAUAUUCGACAGGAUUGUUCUCUAUCCCUAAAGGAGGGUGCGUUAUAAAAGCUCCGGAAGAGAUGGUGGAUGAAGAACACCCAUUGCUCUUUAAACCUUAUGAUCAUGUUGAGUUUCUCAAGUAUUAUUAUUCUGAAAAUGGCCAAAGGGAUCAAAAUGCUAUGCGCACUUUUUGUGGUGUUUGA